AUGAAUUUCUGGACCAAAUAUGUCGUGCCCAAGGAUCGCAGUACUUCCCUCCCCAUGCCCGGCCUCAACACAAUCGACAUCACCGACAAAGCCAUAGAACGCCGCAUCGUCCGCAAACAAGACCUCCGCAUCCUCCCCUGGAUCUGCAUCUGCUAUCUCUUGAACUACCUCGACCGCGUAAACCUAGGCAACGCCCGCACCCUCAACAACGACACCCCGUCUUCCAACAUCCUCACCCAACUCUCCCUCACCGGCCAACGCUACAACAUCGUCGUAGCCCUCUUCUUCGUCCCCUACGUCCUCGCCGAGUUCCCCUCCAACCUCGCCCUGAAAUACUUCUCCCCGUCGAAAUGGAUCGCCCGCAUCAUGGUUUCCUGGGGUAUUGUCACCAUCUGCACCGCCGCGGUGAGCACCUACGGCGGCCUCAUCACCGUGCGCAUCUUCCUCGGUCUCGCGGAAGCGGGGUUCUUCCCGGGGGUGAUGAUGUAUCUCUGUUUCUGGUAUACGCCCGAAGAGCGAGCCACCAGGAUGGCGAUUUUCGCAUCCUCUGUCGCUGUAGCCGGCGCCUUCUCCGGCCUCCUCGCAACAGGCAUCUCCUUCCUCAACGGUCGCGCCGGUCUCAGCGGUUGGCAAUGGCUUUUCAUCCUCGAAGGUAUCCCCUCCGUCCUCGUCGGCGUCGCAGUAUUCAAAUACCUCCCCGACUGGCCUCAAACCGCUCGCUGGCUCACCCCCUCCGAACGCGCUUUCGCCGUGAAACGUCUCGGCCCCUACGCCCCCUCCAUGAACGACAAACACUUCGACGCAAAAGUCGCAAAGGACACCCUCUGCAACGGCAUGUUCUGGUUGUAUGCAGCGCAAUACUUCCUCAUGACGAAUUCCCUCAACGCGUUUGGAUACUUCGCGCCGACCAUCGUGGCGAGUCUGGGCUUCAGUGGCUGGCGAGCGCAAUUACUCACCGUCCCACCGAAUGUAGUGGCGUUGGUGGUGAUUGUCGGGAAUUGCGUGCACUCUGAUCGAACGCAGGAGCGGUCGCGACAUAUCCUCGCCGCGCUGGCGCUCGUGGGGACAGGUUACCUCCUCCUCGCGGUCGUCCACAAUUGGGGCGUGCGCUACUUCGCCGUCUGCCUGAUCGCGUGUACGAACGCGGCGGUGAUGCCCUUCGUCGCGCACCGCACAGCCACCAUCUCCGGCUCCACAGCCACAGCCCUCGCGACAGGGGGUAUGAUCGCCCUAGCCAACACGGGUGGCAUCACCGCUCCGUUUCUCUUUCCCAGCGAUUCAGGUCCGAUGUAUGCGAUGGGGAAUUGGACGAUUUUCGCGUUCUUGGUCGUGGCCGCGGGGAUGACGGGGGGGACGUGGUGGGUUUAUGGGAGUUAUGCGGGGUAUCGGGUCGAGGGGGUGGGGGCGGAGGGGAGGGGGGUGGUGCUGGUGGGGGGGAAGGGGGGUGGGGAGGAUGAGGGGUUGGAAGAGGGGGGCGAGGAGGGUGGGGGGAAGGGGUUGCAGAAGGUUUGA